CACAAAAUGGCGGACACGCCAUUAGGACAACACACACCAUGGUUUGGGUACAACGAGUCGCUCUUGCUAGUGGUGCGACGCAUAGGAGGUGGGUGCCUACCUACCUUUUUACCUAAGAUUGCACCUACCGUACAUGAAUAGCACCGCCACGGCUCCCUUGUUGGGAUUUUUUGCUCGGGAAAAGUACCAGACCCUAUUCAGACUGACAACAUCUUGGUUACCAGCAUUUCUUCAUAGACAUAGAGGGGUGCUGCUCGGGCUCUUCAACUGCGCAGCGUUGGCGCUUGGGUGUCUCUUGCUUGCCGGUUGCUCAGCUCCAAACAUCCUGGCUGGCAUUUACCUUGUCGCGUUUUCUUUGCCUGCAUCCGACACAACCGCGGGGUUUUCCCAUCUAGAGAUCCGUUUGGGUUAUUUUUUCCUGUGCGCCAGGUCAAGCACCAGCAGCAGCUGGACCUGCGGCGAUCCUGAUCAAGUAAUCGAGCGUCUUCGAGAUGCUGAUGAGCCCUGGAACCUCGGAAAAACGGCGUACGAUCUGAGAGAUCAGGCGGUAUCGCCUUCCCUUCUCAUCAUCUCAAUGGCGUCAAACCUUAUAUCUAUCUCCCUCACAUGUAUCUCUUCAAGUUCAUUUCCAAUCAUUACCCCCUUGGGAGUCAUCACCUCAUCCCACAAGACGGCGCGAGUAUGGUUCACAGCAGCCCUCGUUGUCAACGCCAUCUAUGGAAUGGGCAACUGCUUGCUAGCAGCCCUCUGGCAGCACGCGGCGGCAGCAACAGCGGCGCCUAUGAUGGUAUACUUAUCCUCUGGGGCGGUCACAGCCGUGGUCGGACCGCUUGCCACCACGCUGGUGUGGUUGGGCUUUGGUCUCACUCUUGUUCCGGGAGUUAUGUGUCUCAGGGACGUACUGGCGGUUGUCUCGCCUAAGCCACGGGACCUCUACAGUCCGCCCCCGGAGUCUGGCGAUGGCGAUGGAGAGUUCACGGAUGUGGAACACGCGCAAGGGCAGGGAUCGGGUGAUGCGGUCGUGGCGUCCGGGGCCGGUGGAGAACCUUCAGAGGCCGUACAGGCCGGAGAGGGACAGGCUGAAGGACAUGACGCCCCAGACAUUGAAAUGGAGUCGCUGAAAGCGGUGGACACAAACAGGUGAGAUGGGGGCACUGCUGAGACUGACCCGGUUGAGCCUGGUCCGGCCCUGCAUACAGAUCCCGAAGUCCCACUCGUCAAGACGGAGGAAAGCCCUGGAAAUGUUGAGGAAUAGAACGCGCCUUGAUCAUUAAUGGGAACACUCGUCGACUUGACCAGUCCUGGCUUGGCUGGGUUAACUGCGGUGGCUUUCAUAUGAUAGGGUUUCAAAUACGACACUCAUUCUCCUAACGGCAGAC